AUGGAAUUAGAAGUUUGUGCCUAUUCACCCGAAACGCCAGGAACAGUUACGGACAUUUAUAAACAUGAUCAUACUACCAAUGCAUUAGCAUUAGAAUCCCUGAUCUCAAAAAUUCGAGUCGCUAUUCGUAAGGCAAAGCAGAUUCAACCUGCUCAAUUUCAAUAUGCAGCUAAUAAAGCAUUUAAAGUUAAUGUCAAAGAAGAUAAAGCUAUUUAUCAAUCUUUAACUGGAGAGACAUCACAGCAUUGGGUAACAACAACUAAUUUAUCAUAA